AUGUCAGGUUCCGAUAGCAGCCGAGCCCGUGUGCUAGCCGGCUUGACCCUCGACGACGUGUUAGCGAACCAGAAGAGACCUUCCUCGACGCCGCCCAGGGAACCACCACCGCCUAAGAACCGAACCCUUCUUGACAUCAUCAAAGACGACGAGUCCAACAAAAAGGAUCGCAGAUCUUGGAAAGCCUUCAAGGACAAGCUUAGGCUAAAGCGCGCAGGGUCUGCCUGGAUAUCCACAAUUCAUAUCCCUACUUCGGAUGUUCCUAUUCCUAACCCGAAUAGUAGAAUCUUUACCCAGUUUGGUCGCCGUAACUCGGUCCGAUUCCCCACUCAGACUACAACUCCGACUCAGUCUCUGACUCAGACUCCAACUCCGACUCAGACUCCAUCUCCAACUCAGUCCGACUCGGACAUGUCAUCGCACUACAUGACUCACCAGGUCGAGGACCUCAACCCCGCCACCGAAGACUCCGGUCCUCCGGCCACCGCACCCCCGGCAAUCCGCCCCACGUUUAGCCGCCGCGGCUCCACCCGCUUCACCGGCGAAACCGCCGACAACAACACCGCCGGGACCCUGCGGCCGCAGCUCUCGUUGCGGAGUUCGGCCAACAUGCCGACGGCAGAGCCGUACCGGCGGGGGAGGGUGGUGACCUUCCGCGACAGCUUCGACGACGAGGAUGGGGAGGAGGACGGGGAGAAGCCGGGGGAGGGGAGGGCGCUGUCAGCGAGGGAGGCGGUUGCGGCGCAGGAGGCGUCGGAAGCGGCGGCGCAGGAGGCGGAGGCGGAGGAGGAGCAGGCGCCGGUGAUGAUGUCGCUGAUGGACUUGUUAGAGGAGACUGACAGGGAAAUGGGGCUUGAAGGAUCAAGGUAUAUAUUGAGUGAUGAGGAAGAUUUUGAUGAGGAUGCAGAUGAUGACGGUGAAGAUGGAGAUGGAGGGGGUUCCAUGGAGCACACUUGCUGUAUUUGCAUGGUCAGGCAUAAGGCUGCUUCUUUUAUACCAUGUGGCCACACUUUCUGCAGGAUGUGUUCAAGGGAGCUUAUGGUUAGCAGAGGGAAUUGCCCACUCUGCAACAAUUUCAUUUUGGAGAUUCUUGAAAUUUUUUAA